UCCACCACCACCAUCACCAAAGCUGGCCUGCUAUCUCGAACCCCGCCCCUCCCUCGAUCCCUCGUGCCGCUGCUCGGCAGGCGUGGUCAGGGCCUGAUUCCUUAUGCUGGUGACGAAGCCCUAGCUUGUUCGGAUUUUUGUGCCGGUAUCAGAACCCUUAUUGGAUAGAAGUUAGUGCGGCCAUACAAUGGGGUUCGAUAAUGAAUGUAUUCUGAAUAUUCAAUCUCUUCCUGGUGAAUAUUUUUGCCCUGUUUGCCGGACACUCAUAUACCCCAACGAGGCUGUACAAACUCAGUGCACACAUCUCUACUGCAAACCUUGCUUGACUUAUGUAGCAGCAACAACACAAGCCUGCCCUUAUGAUGGCUACUUGGUGACAGAAGCCGAUUCCAAGCCUCUGGUGGAUAUAAAUAAAUCGCUUGCUGAGACAAUUGGUAAAGUUGCAGUACACUGUCUCUAUAACAAGAGUGGUUGCCAAUGGCAAGGAAAUCUGUCUGAAUCCAUCACACAUGGUACUGCUUGCGCCUAUGGGAACUCCCCUGUUGUUUGUAACCGCUGUGGUACUCAGAUUGUACAUCGUCAAGUGCAAGAACAUGCUCAGCUUUGUCCUGGCGUGCAACCCCAAACACAACAGGCUGACAGUAGUCUGACACAGUCAUCAGCUGCAAUAACCCAGGCAGUCACCCAAGAUCCUUCUGCAGUUCCCUCAGUGGCACCUGCAGCAGUUCCAUCUGCAACUACAGCUGGAGCUGUAACAGCUCCUGCAGUGGCGACUAGUUCAGCUGGUGCGACCACAGCAAGCACGAUGGCUGCGGCCUCUUUCUCAGGGGCACCUGCUACUAGUCAAGGUCAAGCUGUUGCUCCCCAAACUCAAACAGCUGAGCAGUGCCAGCAGCAGCUCCAGUACGAACAGUAUUACCAGCAGCAUUACCCUGGCUACAACCCCUACACUCAGCAGUAUCAACAGUAUGGCCAAUACCAGCAGUACACACAACCUCAAACGCAAGUGGCAAUGCAAAAUGUUGCUCAAGUUCCUGCACAACCUGCUCCAUACGCUCAGCCCCAAUUCCUGCAGCCCUCACAGCCCCAACACAUGGUGCCAAACCAGUCCCAGAAUCAGUCUCAUCAUCCUCAAGUCCAAGCACCAGUUGUUCAGCCGCAGCCUCAGCAGAAUCCACCAUUGAAUCCAGCACCUCAAAAUCCACAGAUGCACCCACAAGUUGAUGCACAGCCUAUAGCCCAUACUCAAGUUGGUACUCAACCAUUUGCAAUGCCUACAACUCAAGCAAUAGCUUCCCAGGUGCAGCCACAUGUACAACCUCAUCCUCCACAACAUCUGCAGGCUGUGACCCAGCAUCAACAUUCGCAAAUGCAGUUUCUACCUCAGCAGCAACAUCUUCAAUCUCAGAUACAGCACCAGCAUCCACAAGUACAGCAGCAAUCGUACCCACAACCUCAGGUAUAUCAUCAGCCUCAUCCAGUUGCACAACCUCAGAAUCCUCCAGUACAUGCGGCAGCGGGUCAUCAAUCAUAUUCACAGCCUCAGCCAACAAAUCAGAUGCCACAUGGUGCUCCACUUCAGCGCCCUGCACAUGCAUCUCACUCUCACCAACAGUUAGUUGGUCCUCAGCAUGCUGCGCUUGUACACCCUCCGCAGGGUCAAUUUCCGUUGCAGGGCCAACAGCCAGCUAUGCAGGCUCCUCAAGGUGCUCAGCAUGCAUCACAACAUCAGCAACAUGUUGGGUAUCAUGUUCAAAGGCCACCAAUGCAUCCAAGCAUUCCUUCCCAAGCACCGCCACAAGGGUUUCCUGUUAACACUUCCGUUCCUUCACAAACAGGUCACUUGUACCAACAAGGAAUGUACUCAUCUCAACAACAUAUGCAUUCACAAUCUUUCCAGCCCCAUGGUCCACCAUUUAUACAACAGCAGCAUGUUCCAACUUCGACUAGCAGGUCUAUGAGUAAUGCUGCAACUCCACACCAGUUCCAAGAAUCUGGGAAGUCAGAAAAUGCAAGUAAUGCUACCGGCAAUACUGAAGUAGGUGAUAGUACAAAUGGAGGUGGUGAAUUUUCUGGCAUAAAACCAGAAUCUCUAGGUGAUAAAAAUGUGAACGGAGAGCAGAAUGAUUUUGGUAGUACUAGAAAAAAUGUGGCACAAACUGGCAUUACAUUGGGUGGUGCAGAUGGUUCAGACAAAGGCAAAGGAAAGGAUGAAUUAGUUGGCCAAAAUAGUAAUUCACAGCCUGAAGCUUCACACGUAUCCAAUGACCUUGAGAAAGGAGGAUCACUGCAACAGGUAUCACACAAAGAUCUGGGAGCACUGGGGUCCUAUGUGCCUCCAGGCAUGGGUCGACAACGUCUGUCUGGACCUGAUGCCAGGCCUCCUCACCAUAUGCUCACACAAGGCCAGACGAAUCAAAUGAGGCCACCUAGUCAUAGUUUUUCUGAAAAUAUCCGGCCUCCAAUGCAGCAACACCCGUUUGGUUUAUAUCAAUCUGAAAUGGCACCAAGGAUGCUUGCGCCAAACCUUCCGCUGCCAGCACCCAUCAGAUCUGAUGACGGCAUGAUUCGGCCACCCAUGGGUGGUGGACCCUUGCCUGGACAUCAGGACACAACUAUGCCUCCUUUUGCUCCAGAAAAUGUUGGCCGGCCACAUCCUGCUGGAAUGACAAAGGGCAAUGGUGUUGGCGGCGGGCCACUUGGAAAUUCCAGGGCUUUCCACGAAGAAGGGUUCAAUUCUUCACGGGAACAUUUCAGGUCCUUGGCGCCAUCAUAUCCUGGCAGAUACAAUGUCGACCCUAAAGAUAUUGAAGAGAAUAUGAAGCAAUUUCCAGGGCCAACUCAUCUUGACGGCGAGGGUUUUCAGAGAGGGCCUAGACCAUUUGAUGGUUUCGAUUCAUUACCUGGAAGGCCUCCGUUCCCAAAUAAGCCAGGCCCAUAUCCUACAGGCUUCCCUGAAGAUUUGUCAAGGAAACCCCAUUCAGUUGUUGGUCAUCCUGACUUUGUGUCACCUGGUGCAGAAUACGGCCUCCACAGGAUUGAUGGAAUGCCUAGAAACCCAGGUCCAUUUCUUCAAGGGAUGCCAGCGGGUCCUGGAGGUCUUCGUAAAGAGCAACUAGGCCCUGGCAACCUUCCAGGGAACAUACAUCAUGAUUUUGGCAAUCCAGGGUUCCCUCCUACACAUUUCCACCCUGGUGAUACUUUUCUUCCGAGAAAUCUACAUGGUGCUGAACCCCUUGGACAUGGUCAAUUGCAUGGAAUUGAACCUUCUGGCCACCGGUUCCAUGGUCACGUACAUCCAGAUGAUCCAAAUCUUGAUGACUAUCCUCGACAUGGUUUUCCACAAGAAUCUGGCCGUUUCAGCUCGGGUGGAUUCUUCAGUAAUGGAGAUGUUGGUUUGUGCCGGAUAUGCAUGUUUAACUGUGGAAGUGCAGAGGACCUGGGUCUACAUGUGCAUACAAGGGAGCAUCAGCAGCAUGCAAUGGACAUUGUUCUGAAAAUGAAGCAUGAUGUUGCGAAGAGGCAGAAGAUGAUUCCUGGAGGUCCCAAGUCGUUAAACAAAAAAGUAGCUGUGAAGGGCAAUUUCCGUGGAAAUAGGCGCUAGAUCUCUUGUUAUCUAGUUCAGCACUCGAUGAGAUCUGAAGGUAGGUUUGGUGGCUGCAUUUACCCUCUCAAGUGCAACGGUAUUGUCCUAAGUUCAGUAGUUUAGUUAGUUGCUUUGCCUCCCGUUCUUUCACCAGGUUGCUGCCAGUGCUGUUUGGACCUAUUUGAGAGUUUGAGACCACUGAAAAUCAAGACAUGUUCAUGCAUUUGGGUUAAGGUAGUUCUUCAUGUUUGUAAUGGAACUUGCAGUGGCCUCAAUUUUUUGUUAUUAUGUCACCCAGCAGACUAUUCUUGCUUUUGUGGUACUUUUUGUUGCUAUUUUGGAUAUUAGUUCCUGAAGCUAUUUGACUCUGAGAAUGCUUCUAUUUCUGAGCGUCCAGCCUUCCAAUCUUGCGCAUAUGAUAAUAGUUAAGAAUACUGUACUCUGUCCAUUUUAUUUUAUAAGACGUUUUCUGGUCUA